UGUCCGGAAGUGGCUCUGCUUCGGUUCUUGUGUUUUCAGGCUGAAAAUCCGACACUGAGGAGCCGAAGAGUUGUCAAACUUCGGUCCGGCUGGUGUGAGUGGACCUGGGGGGGGUUGACCCGGUUCAGCCCGGGUCUGGGCCUGGACCAUGGGCCUGCUGGCACGGAUCCGGAAGGAAUGGUUCAUUAUCGGGAUAGUCCUGGUCAUCUUAUCGGCCAAAGUCCAGCCGAGCUUCGGUGUCAAAGGAGGUCCUCUUAAACCAGAGGUCACCAUAGCGUACAUCGCCGUCUCACUCAUUUUCUUCAACAGUGGCCUGUCAUUAAAAACAGAGGAGCUGACCAGUGCGUUGUUCCACGUUCGGCUCCACUUCUUCGUCCAGUCCUUCACCUUGGUCUUCUUCCCUCUGGCCGUCUGGCUGCUGCUCAGAGUGCUGGCGCUGACCGCCAUCGACCAAUGGCUGCUCAAAGGGUACGAGUGUGUGAAUGAUGGUCUGUAUUCAUGUGUGUGUGCCUGUGAAUGAUGGUCUGUAUUCAUG